AAAAUAAUAAAUAAAUAAAAAAAAAAACAAACCGUGAUGAGUGAGGUAGAAGUGGAAAAGGUACCAGUGUCCUUUGCCUGUCAAAGAUGCUUACAGCCCAUAGUGUUGGAUGAAAAUCUUGACCACAUUAGUGUGCAUGCCAUGGCAGAAUUGUCUUUGCCCAUAUAUGCCAGCAAUGUUAAUACUAUUGAUACCCAAGAUACAAGCGGCUUCGAUCAUUUUGUACCGCCUUAUCGUUUAACGGACUCUAUUAAUGGAACUGGUUUCAUGUUGGUCUCAGAUGGGCGUGACAAUAAGAAAUGGAGUGCAGAUUUUAAAUUGAAAGCAGAACUAUUUGAUUGUCUAUCAUCGAAUUCGGAAAUCGAUCAUCCGUUGUGUGAAGAAUGUGCUGAUUCCAUGUUGGAAAUAAUGGAUCGUGAAUUGAAAAUCGCCGAAGAAGAAUGGAGCGAUUAUAAAAAUUACUUGAAACAACUAGAACAACAGCAGGAAUGUCCCAAUGUGGCGGAGUUGGAAAAAGAGUUGGCGGAAUUAAAGGAAAACGAACAAAAUCUUUUGAGUGAAUUAGGUAAAUUAAAAGAAGAAGAGCAAUCUCUAAAUAAUGCCAUAGAAAAUGAAGAAUUAGAAAAAGAAAAAUUACAAGAGCAAGAAGCCAGUUAUUGGCGUGAAUAUACAAAACAUCGUAGGGAACUAAUGUUGACGGAAGAUGACAAACGUAGUCUAGAGUGUCAGAUAGCGUAUGCUGAACAACAGCUGGAAAAACUAAAAGAUGCAAAUAUAUUUAAUAUCACAUUCCACAUCUGGCAUGCUGGUCACUUUGGCACCAUUAACAAUUUUCGUUUAGGACGUUUACCUUCGGUUUCAGUGGAUUGGUCGGAAAUCAAUGCUGCCUGGGGUCAAACUGUUCUAUUGUUAUGUGCCUUAGCACGAAAAAUAGGUCUUUCAUUUGAGAGAUACAAAAUUGUGCCGUUUGGCAACCAUUCGUAUGUGGAAGUAUUGGGUGAAAAUCGUGAAUUGCCUCUGUAUGGUACAGGUGGUUUCAAAUUCUUUUGGGAUACGAAAUUUGAUGCUGCCAUGGUGGCAUUUUUAGAUUGCUUAACGCAGUUUCAGCAAGAAGUAGAAAAACGUGAUCCAGAAUUUUUGCUACCCUAUAAAAUGGAAAAGGGUAAAAUAAUAGAUCCCUCAACUGGAAAUUCCUAUUCAAUCAAAAUCCAAUUUAAUUCCGAGGAACAAUGGACGAAGGCCUUAAAAUUCAUGCUUACAAAUUUGAAAUGGGGAUUAGCUUGGGUGUCAUCGCAAUUUGCAAACAAUCAAUAAAUGAAUUAAAUAUGUAUACAUAUUUUUAGAGCGUAAAAUUUGUUUAUUUUAUUUGUUAAUUUUAAACUUAGUAAAUAUACAUACAUUUAAAUUUUCAA